UCAGGCGUCAAUACCGAGAAUUAUCCCGUGUGCUGUACAAUGCGUGCUCGGGCUCUCCCACCAAACCUCUUGUUCACACCGCUGAAUCUGAGCUCCUUUGCACAUCACGCGGAUACAUCGCACUCUUCGAUUCCAUCCAGGCUGAUUUUCCCAAUGGCGAUAUCAAUUAAUGGCCACAAUCUCUUCCUUUCGGCCAUCGGGCCGGAUCGCAUCCCAGGAACACCACUUGUGAUUCUAGUGUCUGACAUUGGAGGCUCAUCAUCGCCAUGGCCGUUGGUAAUCUGGCACCUCUCACCCUUCGUUCGAAUUUACAUCCACGAUCGUGCUGGUUUUGGAAAGUCUGAAGUCAACCCUCUGGCCAACAAUCGCAGACCGAAAACUUAUGCUGAGAAGGCAGCAGAGGAUCUGGAUAAACUGCUUCAGAAGGUAG